CACCGCCCAAAGCGAAACUGUCGAAAGCUGCAGUGGCAGCAGUAGUAAUAGUACCACUACUCUACUCCAAAAUACAAUCACACCCCCGAACAAAAAACACCAACGCACACAGCUUUCUUUCUCUCACUCUCAAAAUCCACAUUAUACACCUCUUUCACCAUUGCAAUAGCCACUGCUAGUUUUUUCUAGAAACGAAGAGAGAGAGAGAGAGAGAGAGAGAGAGAGAGAGCGAUGCAGAAACGGAGGUGGAGAUGGAUAUCGUUAAAUUUGCUUCGCAAGUUGCUAAUGUACGCCGUGUGCGUGAUAGCGCUGGUGGCUUUGUUCUCCGUUCACCUUUUCCCUUCUUCUUCCUCCAUCAAAGUCCCUAACUUCUCUGACGCUUUCAAGCUCCCCACGCAACAUGAAUUGAAGCAUCAAAGCUGGACUCGAGAGCUCACUCCGCCACAUUUGUCAAAAGGAAAAGAUCCUCUCUCUUCUCAUUCUCGCCAGUUGGUUGGUGCUAGAGAGAUUUCGGAUUACGACAAGCUAUGGAAGCGAUCAUCGAAUAGCAAAUUUGAGCCUUGCAUAGAGCCUAGUGCUAAUUAUACACCUCCGGGAGAGUCGCGAGGUUACCUUCUAGUGCAUGCAAAUGGUGGGCUUAACCAGAUGCGUUUUGGGAUAUGUGACAUGGUGGCUGUAGCCCGUAUCAUAAAUGCCACUCUUGUAAUUCCUGAACUUGAUAAGAAGUCAUUUUGGCAGGACAAUAGUCACUUCUCAGAUGUUUUUGAUGAAGAUCAUUUUAUUAAUGUUCUGGCUAAUGAUGUAAGAGUUGUAAAAAAGCUUCCUAAGGAAUUGGCUACUGCGUCUAAAUCAAAGAAAGAGUUCAGAAGCUGGUCUGGUGUAGAAUACUAUGAGGACGAGAUUACUAACUCCUGGUUAAAUCAUCAGAUUAUUCAAGCUUCCAAAUCUGAUUCUCGCUUAGCAAAUAACUAUUUACCUCUAGACAUUCAGAAACUGCGCUGCCGUGCCUGUUAUGAAGCCCUUCGUUUUGCACCUCGAAUUGAAGCAAUGGGAAAAUUGUUGGUUGAUCGGAUGAGAUCCUAUGGCCCCUACAUUGCUCUGCAUUUACGGUUUGAGAAGGACAUGCUUGCCUUUAGUGGCUGCACACAGGAGCUGUCUCCAGCUGAAGCUGAGGAACUAAGGAUGUUAAGAAAUAACACUGAUAACUGGAAAAUAAAGGACAUUGAUUCUAAGGAACAAAGAUCCAAAGGCGAAUGCCCCUUAACUCCUAAAGAGGUUGGAUUUUUUCUCUCUGCUCUUGGGUACCCAUCAAACACUCCUAUAUACAUUGCUGCUGGAGAGACAUAUGGGGGUGAUUCUCAUAUGGCUUAUCUGCUAUCCCGCUAUCCCUAUAUAAUGAGCAAGGAAAAGUUGGCAACUGUUGAGGAGCUUCAGCCUUUUAUCAAUCAUGGCUCUCAGCUUGCUGCACUUGACUACAUUGUAUCUGUUGAAAGCAAUGUAUUUAUUCCAUCAUACUCUGGGAACAUGGCAAAAGCAGUUGAAGGCCAUCGUCGUUUUCUUGGACAUAGGAAAACAAUAGUUCCUUUCAGGAAAAUCAUUGUUCGUCUGUUUGACAAACUUGAGAAUGCAACUCUGAAAGAAAGAAAUAAAAUUUCAAGUCAAAUUAUUGAUGCACAUAAAAAGCGGCAAGGGUCACCGAGGAAGAGAAAAGGCCCCAUUUCUGGAACAAGGGGCAUGGACAGAUUCCGUUCUGAAGAAUCCUUUUACACAAACCCUAAACCAGAGUGUUUAUGUCAGAGGGAAACACCAAAUGUAAACACCUCUCACAUUAUCAGGUAGAUCAGAUUGUGCAGAACAAUUUUUCUUCAAAAUGAUUCCUAUGCUGAUGCAGUGGUGGCACAUUGCGUUCCAUAUAAUUUGUUGGAGCAAUACAAGCUGGUGGUAGUGCUUCCAUUAUACACAUAGGGAUCCGGCGUGUAUUUCCCGGGCGUAAAGAAAGCUGGGGGGCGAUAUUGUAAAAUACAGAUGAAGAGAACAAUUGCAUUAGGGUGCACAGUAGGGACUGAUCACCAAAGAUAGGGCCUUCCAAGCACCAUUUUUUUGUUUGGAGUUCGCCAGGUUAUUAAAAAAAAAGAGUUGCAUAGAGAAUUCAUUGGGAUACCAUACUUUGUUUCUGCUUUGUUAGGAAUAAAGUACACUUUUCAUGUAUGUAGUAUUUCAUUCGUAGGCAUUGAGCGCAAUAAAGAAUUAGAUUUUCGUUUCUUUA